AUGUCUUGGGACGAGGAUGUUAUCGGCGGGUCUGCCGCCGCCGGCGGAGACGAUAAGGUUUUGAUGGAGUCGUGGGAGGACGGGCUCGCGGACGAGCCCGUGAUGGAAUCGUGGGACGCAGAAGAAACGGUGGCACCGACGGUCGAGAAGGGCAACGGGAAGAAGGCCAAUGGGAAGAAGGUCUCGGAGACCGACAAAAAACUGCUGGCGAUCGACACGCUCGACGAAAAGACGCGAAAGGAGCUGAUCAAGAAGGCGGAGCUGGAGUCGGACCUUAACAACGCAGCAGACCUGUUUGCAGGGCUUGGAGUCGCUGAGGAGCAUCCAAGGGCCGCUGCGUUGCGGAAGCAGCAAGAAGAGGCGGCCGCCAGGGCCGCCUCUGCGAUGACUCGCGACACACCGAUCGAGAAGCAUCCGCUGUUCCAAACAGCAGAGACCAAGACGGACUAUCAGGAGCUGAGAAAGGCGCUGGCCACCGCGGUGGUGUCGAUGCACGAGAAAUCGUCGCUCAACUACGCGUCUUCGCUCGCGAUCGACCUGAUCCGAGACGUCGCCAAGCCCAUGUCGAUCGAGUCGAUCAGACAGACCAUCGCUACGCUCAACAUCCUGAUGAAGGACAAGGAGAGACAGGAGAGACAGGCAAGACUGGCACGGGUCAAGGGAGGCACCGCGCAGGGCGGUGCCGGCAAGAAGAAGGCCAAGGGUGCCAAGGCCAACCUCGGAGGCGCGUUCAAGAAGGACCAGCAGUUCGACAUGGGAGAGGUCGAGUUCGACGACUUUGGCGACGACGACUUCAUGUAG